CCUGGCCCCGCUGGCCGCGGCUGGGCUCUCCGGCAUGGCUCCGCUGGCGCCGGGCGCGCUGGCCGACGAGCUGCUGGCCGCAGGCGUGGACUGGACGCAGUUCUUUGCCGUGGUCCACUGGAUUCAAGCUGCGAUGGCUGCUCUGAGUGUAAUAGGGGCCAGCUCCAUGAUUGGCUAUGCCGUGCUCCAGAAUAUGGCCAGAUCCCCGGAGGUGCGGCCUCUUUUCUACCUGAGCCUCUCAGACCUCUUCCUGGGGGGCUGCUGGCUCACGGGGGCCCUUCUCUAUAGCAAAGAGACUGCCAAGCCGACGAGCCAGGAGCUGGCCUGCUACAACCUGCAAGCUGCAGCCCAGAUAUUCUAUGUUGCCUCGUUCCUGUAUACCGUCAAUUACACCUGGCAUCUUUACACAGAUCUGAAGGUGAAGUACAACCAGAACUUACACAGCCGGCCUCCCCAGGCGCUGGGCUAUGCAAGCAGCAUUGGCCGAAUAGCCAUCGUUUUGUCCAGCUUCAUCCCAGUCCUUUUAGUGGUUCCUACUUUGGGGCUGGGCAACCAUUAUGAAUGUUACCAGAACUUCACUGUGAAGCACGGCUGCCUGCUGAUGCACACAGAGGUCGCGCAGUCCCUGGGGUCUCGGCAGCCGCCCUGCACCGCGGUGUAUCUGUACGGCCUCGGGGUCUUCCUCGUCUCGUUCCUGGCCAGCUUCCUCACGAUCCUGGUCUUGCUCAUCCGCGCCAGGGCCCUGUACAAGAGGUUCGUGAGCGCCACCGGCUACGUGGGCGACCGGCAGUGGGCCAUGAUCCGGAUGGUGGAGCAAGGCGUGGUUUUGUACCCCACCGUGUUUUUCUGUUGCUGGGGGCCAGCCUCUGUCCUUGGCAUUGUCAAGCUGGCGCACUGGGAAAACGUCCCCUUGUACAUGGCGCUGUCUGUUUUAGAGGCCCUGACGGCCUCCUCCCAGGGCCUGCUGAACUGCGCCGUCUACAGCUGGACUCAGCACAUGUUCCACUGCAUGAAGCGCCAGGCCUGCCGGGAUGUGGACACGCAGACGCCUCUCCUGCGCUCCCAGAAGCGGUUCUAUGCCAGCACGCUCCCUGCCCACGCCCCGGCGGGGGGGCCCUGCUCCUCCGCAGCCUCCUCCACAGCGCUGUGAGACAGAGAGGGCUGGAGGGGCUGCGGCAGGCCUGGCGAGGCCCCACGCCGCGCAGAGGAGGUGGACUGGAGGACCUCCGGGGCCCAUGCCGCUCUCGAAAUCGACGGAGCGCCCACCUGCUCCUGUGUGCGGGUGUGCAUGAUGGCAGGACAGGGACACACGGCGGUCGACAUGGGCCAGCUGUCCGGGGGUGGGGGGCAGAGGCCCCGGAGCUGAGCGUCUGGUCAAAGCCGGAAGCGGGAGCUUUGCAGCUGGAGCGUAGCAAGAUGGACUUUCCCUCUUUCUCUCCGUGUGCUUUUAACUGACCGGAAUUAUUUAUUCGAUUUAAGAAACG